AACGAUCAGUCAGUUCAGUCCUACCCACCAUCGUGAUCGAACCAUCAUCAUCAGCAGCGUCCCUUCCGUUGUACUCCGUUCUAAAACCCCAAACACACAUCAACACACACACAGUAGCCAUCAUGUUCCGAGUGUUCGUUAUUGCUGCCCUGGCUGCGGUCGCCGUCGCCCAGAACCCGGAUGCCGAUGCGCAGAUCCUGAACUCGGACAGCGUCGUCAACCCGGACGGUUCGUACGCGUGGAACUACGAGACGAGCAAUGGUAUUCGGGCGCAGGAGGAGGGUGUUGGUGGUCAGUCGGCGCAGGGUAGCGCUUCGUGGACCGAUCGCGACGGAACGCCAAUCUCGCUGACGUACGUUGCCAACGAGAACGGAUUCCAGCCCCAGGGUGCCCAUCUGCCGCGUGAAGGCCCCGUGCCGGACCAUGUCCUGAAGACGCUCGAGUUCAUCCGCGCCAACCCGCCCAAGGAUGACCCGAACUUCAACAUCCAGGCGCUCGAGGCCGAGAUCGCCAGACUGCAGGCCCUCCAGUAAGAGUCUCGGAGUCAGCGUUUCAAUUUACGCGUUUAGCACGAGUCAUUAGAGUGAGAAAACCGCGAGGGAGGGAAGCGAUAGAGGAUACCAUGAGGAACAUUGAUGAGAUUUGCGUAGAAUGCGUUUCACUGCGACCUGUGCCCAUACUCAAUCAGCAUCGCGCAUCAGCAACAAUGGGAAGCAAUGAGAUCGAGAACGAGAAUGAGUUUGAGUUAGAGGUGAGGGCGAACCCGGUGAUAGCACACGAUCACGCGUGCACGAUCAGCAGGAGGAUGCGCAGUCAGGAAAGAGGGAAGAGCAGACAGCACAGAACACGUCAAGGAAAAUAGAAGCAGAAGAUGCAGAAGAAACAAACAGAAAAAAAACGAACAAAGCAAAAUCCAGAUCCAAAACCGAAGCUCUAAUUUCGAUUCGCGCUACGACACUCACACUUUAC